CGGGUAACCAAUGGGAUAGCAGAGGCCACGUGAAACCCAAAAUUUCAAGAGGGUUAUUAUGGUAAUAUUACAACUUCUGAAGCCCAAGUGCCUAACCAAAGCCAAACAGCGAAUGCCCAACAGAAAAGCGGCCGGAAACAACAGGGAGAGAAUAAAAUAAGUCAAAAAUAUAAGAAAAAGGCGCUAUUAAGGCAUCAUCUCAGGGAGAGAAUGCCGCCGCUAUCCGCCGGAGUUCUUCACCGCACAGUCGCCGCCGCAUUCGUACUCUGCCUCUUUGCCGUUGCUGAAUCGUCUAAAAAUUCUCAGGUCGGGUGCAGCAAAACCUGCGUCGCCGAGAACUGCAACACGAUUGGGAUUAGGUACGGAAAGUACUGCGGAGUAGGGUGGUCCGGAUGUCCGGGUGAGAAACCCUGUGAUGAUUUGGAUUCUUGUUGCCAGAUCCACGAUGAUUGUGUGGAGAAAAAAGCCAUUAUAUUGUCAACUUUGCUUCUGUCCCUAAGGAAAAUGGAUCUGGAGCUGGCCAUGGUAUCUCGUAGGCCCCAGUACUCUAAGAUGUGGAUGACGGGGUGGGCAAGAAAUAAAUGUUUUGCCGCCGGAAUCCGCACAUGUAAGCCACACAAUUCUGGCAAGCAUUUCAAAUUUGAUAACACUGCAUACAUGGGUAAUGGCCCAUCACAAUUCACAGGAGUCCAAUUUGUGCAACUGAUGGAUAAGGAACUGACUUAUGAUCUGGGGCCAAAAAGGCUUAUAUUGCUGGAACUUGGUGAACAUAGUAUGAUCGACAUCAAAUGCCACGAGAAGUUCAAAAGGUGCAUAAAGAAAGUGCUUAAAUCCGGCAAGAAAGGGUUCUCCAAGACCUGCCCAUAUGAUACUGCAGUCCCCACAAUGGUACAGGCGAUGAAGAAGUCGAAGCUUUUGCAGAACUCGAAGGAUUUGCUCUCUAGGAGCUUCAAUCCUGCCAAAUGCAAAACUUCGCUGAGGCUGGCGAGUUCAAGGUUCAAGUUGUUGAGGAACAAGAAGGAGGUGCAGGUGAAGCAGAUGAGGCGGGAAAUAGCACAGUUGCUCGAGUCCGGACAGGAUCAGACGGCUCAAAUUCGGGUUGAGCAUGUGAUUAGGGAAGAGAAGAUGAUGGCUGCAUAUGAUCUUCUUGAGAUCUACUGUGAACUCAUCAUUGCACGCCUUCCAAUAAUUGAGUCACAGAAGAAUUGUCCCAUUGACUUGAAGGAAGCAAUUGCAAGUUUAGUAUUUGCGGCACCAAGAUGUGGAGACGUGCCGGAACUUCUUGACGUGAGGAAGCAGUUUACAGCUAAAUAUGGGAAAGACUUCACCACUGCAGCCAUAGAACUUCGUCCACAAUGCGGUGUGGGUCGCAUGUUGGUUGAGAAAUUAUCUGCAACUGCUCCUGAUGGGCAGACCAAAACUAAAAUCCUGACCACGAUAGCAGAAGAGCACAAUGUCAAAUGGGAGCCCAAGUCGUUUGGGGAGAAAGACCCAGGUCCUCUUGAUGACCGCCUGAGUGGACCAAGUUCCUUUGGAAAAUUGGUUGAACAGCAUCCUGAACCUCCAACACAAGUCCAAGUGCGCCCAACCAACAACACAUUGCCUCAUAGUUCACCAUCGAAUUUUGGCCAGCGGGAUGAUAGAACCUCAGAAAAGCCCAGUUUUGCCCAAUCUUCUGGUUCCACAUCAUUUAACCAAUCUGAAGCAAGGCCUCCAGGUGAUGAAAGAUCACGAGAAGAUAGCAAUAUGUACCCUCUGGAUGGGCGCAGGUGGAAUAUGGAAUUCAAGGAUGCCAAGUCAGCAGCACAGGCAGCUGCUGAGUCAGCAGAACGAGCUAGUAUGGCUGCUAGAGCUGCUGCGGAGCUUUCAAGCCACAGUCGUAUUGUGAGACAGUACUCUACAGAAUUGGACAAUUCUGAUGUUGAUACUUCAAAGUACGAAGAGCACCCGCAAUCAAAUUUUUCUUAUUCAUCCAAUGACAGAUCCUCUGCUGAACAUGCUACUAGGCUACAGAAUGUGCAGCAAACAGAUGGGGUUAAGGUCAAUGAUCUUAAGACAGCUACAACAUUCAAAGAGGAUGGUGCUGGUAGUUCACAGGAACAUAUUCAAUCAUUUUCUUCAAAUCCUAAAGGUUCAGGAGGCGAGUAUUCCCAGAAGAACUCCUUGAAGGGGGUGUCUAAUGAUGACACGAAGAUAGAGAAACCGUCUUUCAGUUACGAGGCAGAAACUGCAAACAACUGGCCAGAGAGAGCCGAGAAUUUUGAAGAAAAAAGGACCGGGAAACGACACAGUACAAAAUCUUCUCAUUCUCGGUCUAGCAUUUCGGAAGAAGACGUGAAUAUUUUUUCGAAUUCUGACUACAAAAAGUUUGAAAACAAUUCUGGUGAGAGUCCCCCGUUUGUGGGUAGAGAAGCCCCUAAGGCGAGCACCCAUGAAUCCGCUGCUUUGUUCUUCGACAAGUAUGAUUCGGAUACCGAUGACGGCAGGUUUGACUUGGGCCCCACAUAUGAUGAGCCAGAGGAAUUAGACUUUCACUUGCCGUCCAGAGGCAGGAAAUUGUCGGAUAGUUUGCCUGCAAUCGCAGAUUCUUGGGGUCCAUCUGCUGAUAGCUCGAGCAAAAUAGUGACCUCUACCUCGUCGUUAUUUUUCUCUGGAGAAAAAUUGUCCCCCGAUAUUUCCGAGAGCACGGAAUUGAGAAAUGACCCUGGGUUUGAUUCUACGCAUGUGACUUUUGAUGAGUCCGAUGGGCCAAUUUCCAAUAGCGAUGAUGAUACGAAGAACACUAGGCACCGUACUGUGUAUGAUUAUGCAGAUAUGCAUAAACAGAAUGAAGGGGGGCAUUCUGUUAAAUCAUCAUUUAAGCACAGAGAUGGCUCAGUAUUCAGAAGUAAAGAUCUGUCACUCUCCUCGGAUGAUGAAUUGAGCCCAUCCAUGGAAAUACGCCGCAAAAACAGAGGUCAGGAUAGUGUAUCUGACGAAGAUUCUCCACUAAAGCUCGGCUUUAUCAAGCCUGAAGCUAAUCAGUCAGCAUCGGUACCAAAACAAUCUUGGACAGAGUCCAAGGAAAUUGACGACGAGUCCAAUUCAGAAAGAGUAGAGAGGUUGAACUUUGGAAAACUCACCGGCGGCUUUCGCCAUAAAGGUCAUCGCAACCAACUGUCUUUCAUCAAGAAUCGACGGAAUGUGCCGUCAUCUGACAGGAAAGAGUCUCAGAAUAUUUCCAGCUCCACUGAGGAGCCUGAGAUAGGCACAACAUUAGAUGAAAAUAAAAUCUCAACACAGGUUUUUCACUCAGAUCCUGAUAGUGAUACCUCUGAUGAAGAGUUGUCGCAAACGAGUUCUCAUGACAAAAAGGAUGUGAAGGAAGUUAAGACAAAGCCAAACCUGUUUUUUGGUUCAGACAACAGCGAUUCGGAUGAUUAUGUUCCAAAGGAGUCCCUUACUGGAAAAAGUAAUGUACGAAGUGGGAUUUCUCGAAGAACAAAAGCUUCACCUUCUACUCCCAAGACAGAUUCUUACACUAAGGAAGCACUUGAUUCUGAUGUUAGAAUUUCUAGAAAACCCCAAAGCUCCUUCAAAUCUGAGACUUCUAGGAAAUCCGAAUCGCCCAGAAAGAACUCAAGCAAAUGGGAAACUUACGAGCAACCUAAGCCUACAUCUACUAAGUCGAAUUUCCAGGGACCUCCUGAGCAUCCCCGCCGAGCAAAAGCUUCUUCCGUGACUAAGCAGGAGCUUGAAGCUCGUGAUAUUGAUUCUAGCCAUAGAAGAAAACCAGAAAACUCUUUCUCCCCUGAAAUUCGGCAAGAUUUCGAGUCACAGAAGAAAUCUAGUCUGUCCGGAAACUCAGAUCAGACUACCUCGGUGAAAUUGGCUUCUAAACCUACAAAUUCGAGUUUUUUGGGAACUUCGACAUCAAAGCAACAGUCCAAGGUCUCUCAGAAAUCGUCUAUAGUUGAAGAGCCGUCAGGCUACAAACCAAAGGAACAGGCACCUAUUAGUAGUGAAAAUACUUCUUCAGGUAAAGUCGACAGUCCCAAGAAAGCUAGUCAUGUUCAUCCAAAACUUCCCGACUAUGAUACUCUGUUUCAAUCUCUUCGGAUAAAUCGCUCUUGAAAAGCUUCGUGGCCUCCUGUACUAUUCCUUCUUGCAUGUGACUUGGUUCUUUUUAUUGGAAAAAGACACGAGCAUUGAUAGCUUUACAUAUUUUUCAUGUUAUAUUAUGGUGCCAAAUUCUUUUCAUUGAUUUCUAUAAGAGUUUCAUGUCAAGCGACGAGAUUAUCAACCUGUUGAGGUGUCGCGUUCAGAAUGUAAUUGUUUCCUGCAGUGGUGUGAGAGUGUUGUAAAAAGAGAGUUUGAUUUGAUUCAGAGCAUUUGUUGAGUGUACUAAUUCAAGCUGUCCUUGUAUGACAGUUUGAUAACAUUGGUUUAUAGUUCGUUUCCUAUUAAUUGAAAGAAUAAAGUUUUGUCAUA